AUGGCGGACGAAGAGCACCGUCUGAGAGCGGCCUUUACAGGCGCCUCGUCUCCGGGCGAACCGGCCGCGAAAAGAUCCAAAAUACAUCCUGUGACCAACCAUGGCUCUAAGUUAUCAGGAACGGACCAUUUCGCCACCGUCUCCGGGGACACGGAGAGGUGGGAGCUGGAGGUAAAGUGCGCGCAGCCCGCGGAAAAGGACUCGAAGCCGGUGAUGGCGGUGGAGCAGGCCGCAGAGCAGGGCGCAGACAACAAUGGACUGGAGCUCAGCUUCAGAGCAGAGACAAGACUACAGCAACGAGACGAGCUGAGACUGGACUGCAGAGCAGCCGACAGACUACAGGACAGUGACGGGAUGGAUGAGCCCGAGGACGACUCUGAUCUGACGGGACCAUAUGAUUUUCCCUCAAAUGGCUUGGCUGUCACUCCUGAGAACAUCACUGAGGAGGACGACAGGUCUUCACACGCCAGCUCCAGUGACUGGACUCCACAGCCACAAAUAGGUCCCUACAGUUUGCUCCAGCAACACAUCCGGGAGACUGAUCCUCGGGCCAUUCUGAGAGACUUGCUGCCAGAGACCAUCCUUCCUCCAGAUCUGGACGACAUGACACUGUGGCAGAUAAUUAUCAACAUCUCAGAGCCACCCAAGAGGAAGAAGAGGAAAGACAUCAACACUAUGGAAGAUGUGGUGCGGCUACUCCACGAGAGUAAAAGAAUCCUGGUGUUGACUGGUGCUGGGGUCUCUGUUUCUUGUGGGAUACCCGACUUCCGUUCCAGAGAUGGUAUCUAUGCACGGCUCGCUGUAGACUUCCCUGAUCUUCCAGACCCUCAGUCCAUGUUUGAUAUCGAGUACUUCAGACGGGACCCAAGGCCCUUUUUUAAGUUUGCAAAGGAGAUUUACCCCGGUCAGUUCCAGCCAUCACCCUGUCAUAAAUUUAUUUCGAUGUUGGAUAAACAGGGAAAACUUCUGCGCAACUACACACAAAACAUAGACACAUUAGAGCAAGUUGCUGGAGUCCAAAGAAUUAUUCAGUGUCACGGUUCAUUUGCAACCGCAUCCUGUCUUGUCUGUAAAUAUAAACUCGACUGUGAGGCUGUAAGAGAGGACAUCUUUAACCAGGUUGUUCCCCAUUGUCCCCGCUGUCCAGAUAUUCCCCUGGCCAUUAUGAAACCAGAUAUUGUGUUUUUUGGAGAGAAUCUUCCAGAAAUGUUCCACCGAGCCAUGAAGCAGGACAAAGACGAAGUGGAUCUCUUGAUAGUCAUCGGCUCAUCGCUCAAAGUUCGACCGGUUGCCCUCAUUCCGAACUCCAUCCCUCAUGAAGUGCCUCAGGUGUUGAUCAACAGGGAGCAGCUUCCUCAUCUGAAUUUUGAUGUGGAGCUUCUGGGAGACUGUGAUGUCAUUAUCAACGAGCUCUGCCAUCGUUUGGCAGGAGACUUUGAGCAGCUCUGUUUCAGUACUAAUAGACUUAGCGAAAUCACAGAGAAACCGCCGCGGUUACCAGAGCAGCCACCAAACGAGGCCUUGUCUGAAUCUGGAGAUGCAGCACAAGAGGAGAAGCACAGUACGGACUCAGUUUCCAAGUCUUUGGAGGAGAAACACAGUCCAGAAACAAACGACCCAACACAGACUUCUGGUAACAGCACUGCACCACCACAAGAGCCUUGUCCCACUGAAGACACCACACCCUCAGAGCAGCCCGCUCCAGAACUAAUGGAUGAGGCGGCUGACAUGAGAAGCUCCAGCCUGGAGUUCAGACGGAGAUGUUGGAUGAGUCGACUCAAUAGAAGCCCCAUCAGCAAACGCCUUGAGACGGGACAGUACCUUUUCCUUUCUCCAAAUCACUACAUCUUCCAUGGAGCUGAAGUAUACUCUGACUCGGAUGAGGAGUCCAGUUCCUGUGACAGCGACAGUGAGGAGUCUGAGGGCAGCGCAGAGGGGGCAGAAGACAGCGAUGCGGACGACAGCAGCACAUUAGCCGCUGAAGGGGAGAGGGACGGCUGCGCAUUCGCCACUGAAGGGGAGAGAAACAACAUUAGAGACACGGAACUGCACACUUUAGCCAAUGCCAUGCCACCCACACAGACUGACAUCUACGGGGCACCGCAGAGGGAAGGUCCGCUGUCGCACUGCGGGAUCCAAGUUUAUGGACUCGGAUUCAGGCAGCGCGAAAGCAGCGAGCUGAGCGAGGAGUGCUCCGCCGCUGCCCCAGCUCCUGCCCCAGCUCCUGCCCCAGCUCCUGCCCCAGCUCCUGCCCCAGCUCCUGCCCCAGCUCCUGCCCCAGCUCCUGCCCCAGCUCCUGCAGACGGGAAAUUCAGCCUCGACUGUGCCUCGAAGUUCAUCAUGAACUCCAUGGCCAUAGAAGAUUACCAGAAGAACCACUGGCCAAACCUGGAGAAGGCAAUUGACCGCCUCCUAAUCCAGAACUCAACAGAUCACAUCUCUGUGUCAUAUGCACAAAUUUAUAGUUAUGUCUACAAGUGUGUGUGUCAGCAGCAUUCAGAGCUGCUUUACCGAGAUUUGACAGCUAAAAUAUCCAGUCACCUGCACCAGGUUUCAACACAGUUAUAUACCAGUACACCUUUGACUUUUAUCGAGGACUUUGACAAAGUGUUGUCUCAAUACAUAACAUCCCUUCAGUGCAUAGUUCCUGUGUUUAUGUACCUGAAUAAGUUUUACAUUGAGUCAAAGCUCAAUAGGGAUUUAAAAGAAGAUUUGAUGAAGCUGUUUGCUGAACAUGUUGCUGAGAAACAUAUCAACACACUGAUGCCUCUACUUAUCAAAGCUCACGCCAUGCCUUUCCAAGUGCAGCCUUCAACGAUGGCUAGUGUGGUUAAAGGACUUUACAGCCUCCGAUCCGAUUGGGCUCAGUUGGCCCCAGCUCUUUUCUCUGGGUUCAUUCCUCAAAUCCACCCUCCUGCUGAAGAGUCCCUCCUCUUGGACUACGCUGCUGACGAUCAGAAACUGCAGAUGGAGUUGUCUAUGAAUGGAUUCCCACGUGGUGACCAGUCCCGGAAACGAGCCAGUGAAGAUUCUUGA